AGACUUUUUAGUGUGUGUGUGUGUGUGUGUGAGAGAGAGAGAGCGAGAGAGAGAGAGAGAGAGAGAACAAAAGGCAAAAGGUUGGGGUUGUGGACCUUGUGGUAGUGAUGGCGAAGCGCUUGGUUCCCCUGCUCAACCGGGUUCUGGUGGAGAAAAUCGUCCCUCCUUCCAAAACCAAUGCCGGAAUCUUACUUCCUGAGAAAUCCACCAAGCUAAACUCGGGAAAAGUUGUUGCUGUUGGUCCUGGAGUUCACGAUAGGGAGGGAAAGCUGAUUCCUGUUAGUCUAAAGCAAGGAGAUACUGUCUUAAUACCAGAUUAUGGAGGAACUGAAGUGAAACUUGGAGAUAAAGAGUAUACACUUUCAUGCUCACUAACCCUUUUUCCUCGUAAAUUUCUGGAUAUGUCAUAUUUUAAGUCUUGCUCCUUUCGAAAAGACCAAAGUAUUUGGUUGCUCAAUGUGGCUGACAUCUUCCUUGCUUCAUGUAGACGUCAAUCUGGUACCAUCUAUAUCGAGAUGAGGAUAUAUUGGGAACACUGCAUGAUUAAUGGAUUUGAAUAAAUGACUGUGUUACAAUCAUUUUAGCAGAUUUUAUCUUUUUAUAACCAGUGGAAUCAGAGCUUACUCUGCAUUUCAACAGUUGCAUUCUGAUAUGCGCAAUUUACAUGGAAAUAACACAUGCACUUUUCUGGUAUAUUCAGCUGUGUGCUUUCUUUUUUCUUUGGCGUACAUUCUCCAGUAGUUCACAUGGCGUACGUGGUCAGCCAUCUUCCUCACGAACUGAUAAUUAUUUAUUUUCCUUUACAUGUUAGAGGACUUUUUCUGUCCCAAUUCUUUUGGGAUCCAUUACUAGUAAUCUAUUAUUAGAAAGCUAUAUCCUCUGCAUCUUGAUGAAAAGAAAGAAAAAAAAAAAAAAAAAAGUGAAGACAAAUUAUACAAGUUGUUUGAAGAUGUGAAAGUUAUCAGAGGAAGAUUUUUGAAAGCUUGUAUUUUCACCGAAAAUGAGGAAUCGGAUAAAGGUUUUCAACA